UCUUUUCUUUUUUUCCAGAAUGCAAUAACUGGUUUAUAAACUUAAACAGGGUCAGACAGGCUAAUCUGCUCUGUCUUGCUGGAAGGGAGGAGACACCAUUUCCCCUCACCUCUUCUACAUGUGAUUCAUACAGUAGACUGACAGGUCAAUUCAUGUACAUUUCUCACGAUGUCAGUCUCUGACUUUUGCGAGUUAACACCGGGCUUUUCUCUCUGGAUAAAUGUGGACAUAGCCUGAUAGAUUAUAGGCUACUUGUCAUGCUUCCAUGGCCAAGUGGUAUUAGGCUUCACUUCAGACCGUACCAUUCACACUUCUACACCCGCGUCACACACAUAAAUUACACAUAUAGAUCAGUCUCCCUUACACUAGUCUAAAUGACAUGUAGUGGGGGGCUAUUAUGCAUUUAGCACGUGUUAAAGAUUACAAUCAGCCCCCUCCUCCCGGUCACUACAGGUUUCUUUCGGUUGUGUUGCACAGCCGACUGCUUAUGCUGCUGCCGUCGUUAGCCGAGUAUUGAGCUACCAGCUGACCUACUUUCUCUGCUCUCAGCCACUCGGUCCUGUUUACAAGCCACUGCCAGCGGAGGAUGUGGAGUACAGUGCCUGGAAAAUAGACGGACACAGCCCGCAACUAGCAAAGGGACCACGGACGGGAAAUUUGACCGUGUGUCGUUGGUAAAUUAGGGCUGCCAAAGCCACGGACAGCUCACCGGCGAUUAAUAACAGCGCGUUAUUAACUUAGGCGUUGUUAUGCAAUUUAACGCUUUCAGUGCGCUCGCCUGGUCAGUCUGUCGUUGGUAGUUGCGCUCGGCUGCUAUGCUUUAGUUUCCUUUAAAAAAUGACUAGAUUGAUAAAAGUUAAGUGUGGAUCUUUCUUUCUGCUGGGGAGCCCCUUUCAAGGAUUUGGCGUUUCUUUGGUGGACUCGAGGAGGUGGUGGGCAACUGGUCCACGGUAGGUUUUUCCAAAAGAGUGUUCAGACGAGGUCAGCGCGGAUGGGACUUAUAAGACUUCAAAAAGGGCCUGGUUGGGAAAAGGAGUGAGUAUGGACAACCUUUCUGACUUCGGGGGCCCCUGUCCAUCCAGCCGCAGGGAAUGGGACACCAACAGCUGCGUGGAUGAUUUGAUGGAUGAAGAUGAGAAAGACAGGGCAAAAAGGGCAUCUCGUAACAAAUCAGAAAAGAAAAGAAGAGACCAAUUCAAUGUGCUCAUCAAGGAGCUUUGCACCAUGCUGCAGGGUCAAGGCCAUCCGCGCAAGAUGGACAAGUCCACCAUACUGCAGAGAACUAUUGACUUCCUGCAGAAACAGAAAGACAUCACUGCACAGAAUGAAACUUGUGAUGUGAGACAGGACUGGAAGCCUUCGUUCCUCAGUAAUGAGGAGUUCACUCAGCUAAUGCUGGAGGCCCUAGAUGGUUUCUUGGUAGCAUUAACUACAGAUGGAAACAUCAUAUACGUAUCUGACAGUGUGUCUUCACUCAUUGGCCAUUUACCGUCAGAUAUGGUGGACCAAAAUAUCUUGAAUUUCCUCCCGGAGCGGGAACACGGGGAGGUGUAUAAGCUGCUAUCAUCCCACAUGCUGAUGACUGACCCCAUUGCUGCUGACUUCCUUGACAGUGAGGCACAUAUUGAAUUUUGCUGUCACCUCGCCAGAGGUAACAUUGACCCAAAGGAGCCGCCUGUAUACGAGUAUGUCAAGUUUGUCGGAGAUUUCAAGUUUCAUAACAAUGUGCCUACAUCUUCUUGUAACGGGCUGGAUUUGACGUUACCAAGAAGCCUGCAGUCAUCGCUGGAGGAGCAGGUCUGCCUCAUUGCUACUGUACGAUUAGUCACUCCACAGUUUCUAAAGGAUCUGUGUAAUGUGGAAGAUCCUUGUGAUGAAUUCACAUCCAGACACAGCCUUGAAUGGAAGUUCCUGUUUUUAGAUCACAGAGCUUCACCGAUCAUAGGCUAUUUACCCUUUGAGGUUCUUGGAACUUCUGGCUAUGAUUACUAUCACGUGGAUGACUUGGAGCUGAUAGCUCAGUGUCAUAAGCAGUUAAUGCAGUUUGGAAAGGGUAAAUCCUGCUACUAUCGCUUCCUGACUAAAGGUCAGCAGUGGAUUUGGUUGCAGACUCACUACUACAUCACUUACCACCAGUGGAACUCCAAACCUGAGUUCAUCGUCUGUACCCACACUGUUGUCAGUUAUGCUGAAGUGCGAGCUGAAAGGAGGAGAGCGUUUGGCUUUGAAGAGCUGUCUCCACCUGAGAUAGCUCCCUCGUCAGUGAAGGCUCAGGAGCUCUACUUGGACAUCUGCUCCACACUGGACCCUCCGCGGGACAGAAACAGUGGUGCACGUUCGGUGUCCUCCCACAGCUCCCGGAAAUCCUCCCACACAGCGAUGUCAGACUCUGCAUCUAACUCCUUCACAGAGGCCUGCACACCAUCAUGGCAGUCUGCUUCCAUUGGGACAGAGAAGGCAUCUGCCAGACUCCAACCCAGUAGUUCAAAGAAUUUGGCACAAAGGCAAAAUUCCUUUGACCUCGUUCCCCAACUGAGCCUCCCCCUUUCUCCUACCUGCAGCAAGCACUCCGCAAUGCAAACACAGCAGCAGCAGCAGCAGCAGCAGCAGCAGCAGCAGCAGUCGUCGUCGUCGCCCAUGUAUCAGCUGCAACAGCCUCAGCUCUGUGUAAUGAACCAGCUGAAGGAGCAGCUGGAGGAGAGGACGCGCAUCCUGCAAGCUGACAUUAAGACGCAGCAGCAGGAGCUGCACGACAUUAAGGAGAAGCUUCACCUCGCUAAUCUCCAGAUGUUGUUACAGCAGCCUACCCACAAUGACUUUGGCCAGGCCCAGCAGCAGCAGCAGCAGCAGCACCCCCAGCAGCAGGGCUCAGGCAGGCCGGCCCAGCAGAGUCAGUCAGGGGUGAUCAGGCAGCUCUCAGGCCACCCUAAACCACCGUCCUGCAGGGCCCACAGCUCAUCCCCUCACUCACUCCUGAGAGAGAACAGCUCGCCCUCAACGCAGGUCCAGCAGAGGAUUGCGCGGAGUGGGCAGGCGCAGUCGGUGAGCGUACCCGUGCAGACGAACACAAGUGUGACGAUGCCCUUCUACAGCAACCCCAUGAUGUUCUCUCAGACCAACACGAGGUCUCUACAGGAUGCAAACCAAAGACACACGGACAGCGAGUUCAGCCAAGAUGGACAACUACGCAUGCUCCUCAACCAACCAAUGCAGACUCUGGUUCCCACUAGCAGUGUCACCACACAGCCUUCCCAGUGCAACAUGGGCAUCUCCCAAACCAUAUACACCCUGGAGCAGCAGAUCAUCGGCCCUUCAUUCUCCAUGCAACAGGUCAACUGCAACGCUGUCCUCGUGCCCUCCCCGGUCUUCACGUCCCCCAUAAUGAUCCCACACAACAAUUUCAUCACAAACCAGUCACAGUCAGCCUACCACACUCAGCCUCAGGCUUCUCAGCACUCCCUGCAGCUACAGCAGCCCCAGCAGUUCUUUCAGAUGGCUCAAGGACUUGUACAUGGUGGAUCUACUCCAGCAUUCUUACACACCACUAAUGUCCCACAGCAAAGCACUGUGGGAUACAUCCAGCAGCAGCAAACACAGCAACUUCCACAAGCACAGCAGCAACAGGCGCAACAGCAACAAAGGCAAUACCAACAUUCCCAAAACCAGACUGGCAGUGUUUCAGACUUCAGAAAUAUGCUGACUCGGUAGCGCUGUGGACCGUGUUAGAGCGCUGAGAUCUCCCUCUGUGCUGUCGCCGUGUAGGCGGCAGCAUGUCGUGGCAUCCGGAAGUCGAACCUGACCUCAGGUUCUGUGGCGGAAUUGCCUAAAAGUGGAAAAUUACUUCUAGUGACCUUACUGUUGAUGUGAAGCCACCCGUUCAGAGGAAGCCGAUCUGUGCAUCACUGCUGUGAAAACCACUAGCAGAGGCUGCACUGACCUGACAUCACCCGCAGGAUGCGAGGAGAGCCUGAGGUGCUGGGGCCUUCAUCGCCGGCCCACAUCACACUCAGCUGUCGAUCGGUGAAAAUGCUGGAACAAGUGGAUUAUCAAAGCUCUCGAGAAGACACCACUUUCACAUGUUUCCAUGUGGACAUUUUUUCACCCGAGAGUUUCAUUUAAAGUGGAUGUUUGCACUUUGGUACCGCCCUGUACCCAAAAGUAGAGUAUUUGUGCCCAUGAAUUAAUAUUCUAUUUUCUUCACUAAUAAUGGCUUGACAUUAUACAGCUUGAUAUCCCUCCCCCAGUGACAUACAAUCAUCAUCCCUGGUCAGAUUUUUAGCCCCAAUGUAAAUGUUUCAUCUCAUAAAGGGAUUUGUGUGGUGGGAACUCGACAUCAGAUGUCGCUCCCAUAUGUCCCCAAAAUAAUACUUGCAGGUAUGUUCGUGGCAAGUCAGCAGAGAGGGAUUUUAUUGUGAAACACACAGCGGUGAGUGCACUGUCAUAUCUACAGUCAAGCUCAGCAAGAAUUCAGAUAAAACACGCUCCACUGGGAUGCCGAGGGGAAUAUUCUCCAAUUACUAGAAAGGUCUAUCUAGAUUUUUAAAGCCUCAAUCUGGGAAGAAGGGAUGCUACAACUGUCCCACCAUUUCUCACUGAGAAGGACAACAAAGCUCUGAAGUCCUGCUGAAGGUGCUUCUGAUGAGCUCUGCAGUGUGAGUCCUUCAACAAGCUACCAGAGGGGGAACAAAUUGUGCCUUUAACCAUGGUCUGCCCAUGGUGCGGUUUGAUGGUUGUGUCUGAUUACGGCUUUAAAAAUCCAGCUCAGGUCCAUUUGGAAUACAAAGGUAUAUUUUCAUAGGUCAUAAUGUAUUAUUUUCCACAUCAGAUUUAAACAGAAGUCAUCUAGAUUUGUAAUGGAUGUAUUACAGAUUAUAUAUUGGAUGCUUUUCGCAACCUUUACAUCAGUAAGUCCAAACUCUUUUUAAAACUUUCUGUAAUGAUAGGAGCUGAUAAGAUUCAUUUAACCCUAAAUCACUUCAUGUUUAUUUAUUUACGUAUAUAUUUGAAAAAAUAUGUGAUAUUAAGAAACUAGUUUUAUACACAAAGGUUCUAAUUGAUUUUAUGAGUUCAUUUGGACAUUGAAAGGUCAACGCUGGUCUGAAUGGUCUAAUGCAGGAACACUCACAGUCAUUUCUUAUACACAAUACAACAAGGUUUUGCAGAAGUGUCGGUUGGUCAGGGUGGGAAAUGAUUUGGGAUUGAUUCUGCCCACUGCCUGGAUAUUUUUUAACAGUAUUACCCUUUUUAUUCUGCAUUCCUCUUUAUUUUGGUCUUUGUUUCGUUUGGUUUAUUUGACUGUCUGAGAAGUCACUAAAUGUACGCUCUAACCGUGACCAAAUGAGCUCAUUUACAAGUAAACAAGACAUCACUUUCUACUACAAAUGUGAUCUCAUCGAAAAACAAAAAAUACUGUAACAGAUCACAAUUUUCCUAAAAAUAUAGCAAUCUACAAAACUCUUAAGGGGACAUGGGGAGAAAAAUAUAAAUGGGUGAAAAAAAGAUUGGGAAGGAAAAGAUAGAUGGGUAAAAAAAAAUAUGGGGGAGAAAAAAUGGGUGAAAAACAUAAGGGAGAAAAAAUAAAUGGGUGAGAAAAGAUUGGGGAGAAAAAUGAUGGGUGAAAAAAUAGAUGGAUAAAAAGAUGGGGAGAAAAAUAAAAAAAAAAUGGUUGAAAAAAGAUUGGGACGGAAAAGAUAGCUGGGUAAAAAAAAAUGGGUGAGAGAUGGGUAAAAAUGGGUGAAAAAGAUAAAGGAGAAAAAAUGAUGGGUGAAAAAAAGAGAACACAAAAGUUUUGCAGGGGAACGCAAACAUCUCUUGGGAGCAGGUAAAAAUAUUUCUUUUUGUCACCCAUUUUUUCUUUUUACCCAUCUGUUUUUUUCUCUCCCACGUCCACUUAGAAACCUCCAAUGCAUUGUUGCUUAGAAUAUCAUACUGCUGCUGUGUUAGACACAAACACUACAUCUGACAUUACUUCAACAGAUUUUUUUUAAUCAUCUGGAAGUUGCUCAAGUUAUUUGCAGAGUCAGUCUUGUCAGACGUUACAAUCUUGUUCUUUUCAUACUUUUAAUACUUUCUGUAUAACAAUCUUUUGAGUCCAUCAUAUUUUGAGAGAUCUUCUGGUGAAACUUUCUGCAAUAUGUGCAACCGUAACUGCACUCCUAUCUCAAACAGUCAUUUUUAAUAUUAAGGUAAGCAGACGUUAAGGUAUUUAUCGACACGAGUUGUUUUUCAGAGACAGUGUUGUCAGAUUGCAGGGCUGCCAUAAUGGUUAGAGGGUUUGGAGUGUGCUGGUGAAGGCAGAUUAAACACACUAAAGAGCAUGCAUGCAUCUCUCUCCUGUUAAUGACAAUCAGACAACUCGUAACUGUGUGCUGUACAGAAGCUGCCUGUGCCACAGUCUGACUUCAUCAUUUUAAAUUUGAAAAGCUUCUAUCUUUUAAUCCCUGGGUUACAUAGUUGUUCCCAGCUCAGCAGGAAAAACAGUUUCUUGUGACUCAGUGUUUCCUUAAAGUCUCACUGUGGGAACUUGUGCAACACUUUAUAAAAAGCAGCCCUUCAUGCUCAGUAUGACAGUUUGGUCUGAGCUGUAUACAUUCAAGUUAGCAAGACUGGUGCUGCUCACAGUGGACGACAACGCUCAGCAUGUACGUUCAGUGCCGAUUUACACUUUCCUACGUGCAAUGUCAAUUUAAAGAAGAAGAAUGUUAAUUUAUACUGUUUUAAAUGUUUCACAACAGAUGUACGAUGUAUAUAGAGGUGUAUAAUAAGCCAUUGUAACAUGUAAAUUAUAUGGAAGUAUUUUUUUAAUGAAAAUGUCCUAACAUUCCUCCAACCGUAGAUAUCAGCAGUAUCUUUUAUUAAGGUAUCAGAUGUGUCCUGCGGGAAUGUGGUGUUAGUUUUUCCCCAAACACGAUAACAGAACAGAAACUCUAGAGUAAGUGGUCAUGUUUUCACAAUGAUUAAAUGAAGAAUCUGAAUUUCAGACACUUUAAGUGUGUGCAGGAACAGCUCUGUGGUCUUUAUAGGGUAGUUCAGCCAAAAAUGACUCAAGUUAACCUGCAAAAAGUCAUUGUCCUUUUUUUUUUCUCAGUUUAAUCGGUUACAGUUGUUUAGCUUUUAAGAAGUGCAAUUGUCCAUCAUCAUUCAAAUCAGUGUGUUAGACAGCUGAGGGAAGUCUACCUUUCCCAUUAUGUAUUUCUAUACAUCCACAUUCGGUAUAGCAAAAGUAAAGUGAUUGCCCAUAUAAGUUCAGCUCAGCCAGCAACUCAGAGGUGCCAUAGAUGACUAUAUUUUAUACUUUCCUUCAUUUCUCAAUUUUAUGUCAGUCACUAAAAGAAAUCUAAAGACAUUUUUUAUUCAGUGGCAGUUAAAGUUCCCCUUGAGGUUGUUUUCCAUCUAAACACAUCACCCAGAAAAGAUUUCAGUCCAUGUUUGUCUACAAAAUAACUGUUAUCAUUUUGUUGUUUGCCUUGUAAAGGUGGUGGAGGGAAAUCCUGCUCAUCACACUCAGCUGUGAGUGACUCAUGUUGAGAUAGUUCAUGCAUUGUGCUCCAGAUGUGGGUUAAGCCCUAAAUUAUUUCGCUUUUGACAAAUCACCCACCACACGUUUAGAUGCAAGAUGAUUUUUAGAGGUUUUUUCCAGGUGUGUACUGCUUCACAGAUGUUAUUGUAAAUAAUCCAUCUGCUCUGUAGUUACUGUUUUGCUUUGUCCCCAACAGCAGUUGCUGCACCUUUUUUUUUUCCUUCAACUUUCAGAGUGCUUUUCUUCUUUGUGGGUUUUUUUCCAUUGAGUGUCAUUGAAGGCAUGUGAUUUGAAUCACAGAUAACUUGUACUUUUCUGAUUUGUAAAAAAAAAGUGACUGACACCUUAAAUAUAAGUGUGGGCAGUCGGAUCAAUGCUUUCUGUGUCAGAUUUGCCAGGAUAUGAACAAAACCGACCUGGUGCACAGCCAUUUCUGCAGUUUCAGUGCAGAAACAAACAUUGAAUAUAUUGUAUAAUAGAAUGUAAAAAAAAAAAAGUUUAGACUAUAUAUAGUUGUUUAUUUUAUAUGUCUAAUAGAUUACAUAUGUAUGUUACAUGAUUUUAAAAUUAAAGUAAUUUUGUAACAGAUAAUGAAGUGUCUUAUUAGAGGACGUGAGGCUUUUUUCGCGUUUCAAGUUGGUGUUGCACAGUCACUUGUAUGGCUUGUUUUCUUUCUGUAUUUACCAUCAAAAUAAGCUUUAAAAAAUAUCGUUAAUAUUGUUUUAAAAGAAAAUAACAAAUUAAGUUUACAUUCUAAAAUAUCUUGAUAUUAAUUAUGUUAUAUUGAAUUAUUUAUAAAUCAACCUGGAUAUUGUGAAAUAUAUGAAAAUAAAUAUUUUUAAACAUAUGAAUUGUUAUUCUGAGCAAACUGUUUAUGUAGAAAAUUAUUUCUGUGCAGGACUGUUCCUCGACUGUGUGUUCUCGGUGCAAAGACACGUAUUUUCACAUCAGAGAGCCGGGCUAGUAUUAAUCUAUGAUAAAAGCUUUGACAUCAGUACAAAAUAUUGUGCAACAUGACACAAGUCAUGUGUCACACAGCAGAGGGGAGCCCAUGUGAACCAGUGUCACACCUCCCUGUGAUCUGAUUUGUAAUUCAUGUCAAUCAUCCAAAAUACCAUUCACCUCUCAAAAUGACACGUCUGCAGCGGCAACUUGCUGGUUAGA